AGCUGCUCAAUGUCCCUAAACUAGUGCAAACAUAGCACUUUGCAAACUGAUUGUUUAAAGUGUGUGCAGAACAUUAACAUUUCUGAAGGUUUAACUUUGAUUUAAACAAAUGGAACGCAUUCAAUGGAGUUUCUUUUUCCUUAAGCAGCCGUUGUUAACGCUAUAUUUUUGAAUUUGCCUAAUCCAAUAGCUGAGUAGCUCCUGCGCGCGUGCGUAGCCCGUCUGAACCAAUCAGCGUUGAGCGGACUCUGACAACCUCUUUAUAAAGCCGUCGUUCGCGGUCGGUCUUUAUUCACUCCUUCUCUGUUGAUACAGAAAAACUAGAGAACCAUGGCAAGAACCAAGCAGACCGCCCGUAAAUCCACCGGAGGAAAGGCUCCCAGGAAGCAGCUGGCCACCAAGGCUGCCCGUAAGAGCGCACCCGCUACCGGCGGUGUGAAGAAGCCUCACCGUUACAGGCCCGGUACCGUGGCUCUGAGGGAGAUCCGUCGCUACCAGAAAUCCACUGAGCUGCUGAUCCGCAAACUGCCCUUCCAGCGUCUGGUCAGGGAGAUCGCUCAGGACUUCAAGACCGACCUGCGCUUCCAGAGCUCCGCCGUCAUGGCUCUGCAGGAGGCCAGCGAGGCUUACCUGGUCGGUCUCUUCGAGGACACCAACCUGUGCGCCAUCCACGCCAAGAGGGUCACCAUCAUGCCCAAAGACAUCCAGCUGGCCCGCCGCAUCCGCGGAGAGAGGGCUUAGAC